ACGAGGGUUUAUUAAAACGAUACACUCAGCCAAUUAUAUUAAUUAAUUUAACAACUUUUGGACGUGGUCACAUUAAUUCCAUACACAAGGAAAUAAUGUAAUUUUAAUGUGUUCAAUUAUUUUACGACGAAUCAACAGCUUUAAACGAGACGUUAAAUACUUAAGGGAUCUCAACAACGAGCAUUGUGGGCUUGCUCAAAUGAGACUAAUGUGGAACAUUAAAGCAAGUGUAAUUGGAUUUAGGAUGAGUGGAUGGUUUUCUUCUGUGUCACUUUUGAGGGUUAAACAGCCGAGAGUGUCUGCACGCUUAAAGACCUCAUCCGCGGGAAGAGAAGGAAAGGAGAGGUAUUCUGGGUUCAUUUCAUUCUUUAUGCCAGGUAAGAGUAGCUGGCUGUCGGUCGGCUAGCCGGUAAACGGAGAAGGAGCCCACGUUGAAUUACAACCCCUUGCGAGAUACCGCAGAAUUCGCGUUCAAGAUUAAACCGGCGUAAGUCGUUUUAGCCUGACGCAUUUAACAAGGUAGCCCUUUGCGGUGUCAGGUCCGCAGUUCCUGGCCAGCCGUGGUGUUGUUGCCGUUUCUCCUUUUCGCGUUUCUCGCGCGUCGCGCUACGCUGCCUAGAAUAACCCGCACCGAACGAAGCUUCUUACGCCUGGUUGGACUCCUACUUUUCCUCAAAUAAUUAUUCGAAACGGGAUAAUUACUGGGCUCGCGACGAAAAUAACCUUUACCAGUUUCUCUGUUUUUCAAAAUGACCAAUAAAACACUUCAGUGUCGAUCAAGAAUUCAAUUAACUCCUCGCUGUACUUUAACAAAUCUAACUCGUUAUCAGAACUUUUCAUGUCAUACGUGGGCAUCACGAAUCAGACUCGUGGUCAUAAUCUCAUGUCCAACGAAAUUUGCUAUAAGCAUGAGAAGAUUGAAACGACCUGGGAAUGCACUAGGUUCGAAUUUUUCUGAGUUAAAUGGUUAACUCAUCAAAAUACAUAUUGUUCAACUUUGAAUCAGAUAAGACCUUGUGGAUUCAAGGAAUCAGAUUAGACAUAACUCUAAAAGAAGAGAAAAAACUUCUAACUACGCUUAUUUCCGUGUUAGCGAAACGAAUUCAGAGGAUCGGGCAACAAAUCUAUCGGUGGCAUCAUGAGAAAAUAACGCGCGGUAAAGCAGGUAGCUUCCUAUUGUUGACCGCGUCCCCUAUUCGCGGUAUCACGUUCUCGGUUUUUCAUACCGGGUUUAUUGGACGCGGUACCACUUGCAUUAUGACCGGCCACGACCAAAAAGUUAUCAGGAUUACGUCGGACGAAUGUGUCUACUUGCAUUACAAAGGGAACGUUGAAAGCUCUCGCAGCUACAUGGAAUUUCGUAUUUGCAACGAAGUUUGAAAGAGGAAUAAUAAUAUUAAUGUGAUCAACGUAAAAUAUGAUUCUAGAAUC